AGAGAAAGCAGAAAAAUAGAGGGGAAGAUCAAAAAGAUAAUAGACCUUGUGAUCGAUCGUUCGCGGGCUCUUCGAACAGAGAACGUUGAUUCGCGUUGUGCGUAUUAAAGAGGAGGAUGGAGUGAGUGAAGUGAGAACAAAAUAGAAAUGACGAGAAGAGAAGGGUAAGAAAGAGAAGGGGAAUAGGAAGAGGGGAAGAACGCGCGCAAUGCAACGCAUUUUCAGAUCGCGUCUUCGUCGCGAAGGACGCGAGGAGAACGGUUCCCCACUUUUGGCGGCCUCGAGGGAGAGCGAGAGCGUGAAUUUUCCAUGGGCAACAUACAGUACUAAGAGAGCGUCGUAAUCGUCGUCACGUUGUAGUGUACCAUCGUCGUUCCCCAUCUUCGUUUUGUUGAUCAUCCUUUGAGACUUUGAUCACGUUCAAAUCAUACGUACAAAUUGUCUUUCAAAGGAGAGAUUCAAGAGAAAUUGAAAAAGGAAAAAGAAAAGAAAAAUCGUCCAAUAUAAUCAACGAUUUGUCCCCCUUUAUAUCCAUCGAUUCUAAUAGUUUCGUGUGUUUUCGAUGAAAAGAGUGAGAUAGAGAGAAGGAGAAAGAGGAUAGUAAACGUUCAAAAUCGUACGUACGCGAGAAGUGAUCGCGCCUCGAUUGAAUUUCGAAACCGGUUGAAACCGUAGCCAUUGGACAUCGUCGAAAAGGGCUAAGAGAACCGGUAAGAGAAAGGACGGUAGGAGAAAAGACGUUUACGAUUUGGAUAAAGAAUCAACCAUUCUUUUUAUUACUCGAUAAACUAUUAACGUUUGGAAAUCGCUGGUUGGGACUCUUCGAGAAGAGAAGUCGAAAAUCGAGAGAUUAAUCUAAGAUGGGAUACGGUACAGAGAUGGACGGUUGCGGUCGUUUUAUGAAGUACUCAUUGUUCUUUACAAAUUUCAUCAUCUUCAUCGGCGGCGUCGUUAUAACUGGGUUAGCGAUAUGGGCAUUCGUCGAUAAAGUACCUUGGAUAGGCGAAUUGGUCGGAAACGAUUUAUUGACAGGUGCUAUUUAUGUGUUACUAGCUGGUGGAAUUUUGGUAGCUAUUAUCGCUUUCUUUGGAUGUGUGGGUGCGUCACGCGAAGUCAAGUGUAUGCUAGUCACAUACUUCAUAAUCGUGUUCCUGUUGUUCGUGACGAUGCUAAUCGGCGGUGUUCUCGGUUAUGUGUUCCGUGAAAAAUUGUUGAGCACAUUGGAACGUGAAAUGUCUGGUAGCCUGAGACUGUACGAUCACCGCAAAUCCGUCCGUGAUGCUUGGGAUACUACGCAGACCCAACUCCAUUGUUGCGGUGUGUAUGCCUGGAGAGAUUGGGGAGUUCACGGUCUCCUUGUGCCACAAAGCUGUUGUCGCGAGGUUCAACCCGGACAGCGAUUUAACUGCAGUGCCGGUGCUGACACAGUAAAUCCAUCCAACGCUUAUCUGGAAGGUUGCCUAAACAGAACGCAAGUUUAUAUGCAACAGCAUGCAGCCGUUAUGGGUGGCGCUGGUAUUGCUGUUGCGUGUCUCAUGUUCUUUGGCAUGAUAUUCUCUUGUGCAUUAUUCAAGAUGAUAGAAUGACAAAGCAAUGACUAUUGCGUGUAAAAAAACAUCUCGUGAGUUCUCUUUUGAUCGAGACAAGCACGGAAGAUAAUGAAAAUCUUCAACGCAUACUCGACGAUUUUUCCUGCUAUGAAUCACACGACGAUAGAUCUCUAUCAUCGUCAUUAAUAAAUCUGCCUCGAUGUGUAUCUCAAUAACAAAUUCUCGCCAUUCGUCUCUUUAUUAUUUUACUAUUAUAAAUCGUUGUAUCCAUAUACUUUUUCUUUCUAUUUCAUUAUAUCUAUACCGAUAUAAUAUAUAGUAUACGUAUUACAUAUAAAUAUAUAAUAUAUAAUAUAUACAAGUUAUUUAAAGAAUUCUUCUUACGUAUUUUAGCGAAUCAUAUUUUUAUGUCCUUUUUGCGUUUAUGUCACGUUAACAAUUAUAUGUAACGUAUCGAUGUACGAUGUUUAUGUAUUAUAAAGAAAAGUAUUUUAAGAAUAUUGUAAUUAUUAUAUUUCUAGCUACAAAACUUUCGAUUAUAUAGAUAUAUAUUAUGUAAACUGUAAUAAUAAAAUACUACGAUUGACUCGUA